CGACACAUCCCUCCCCGAUUAAAUACCUCUUCACUCUUCACCUCACAACAACUCUUACCAGCACAACUCUACUUCAGAUAUCGCACCAUACGCGUACUCUGAAACGACCCGCCGGUAAACACAGUAUCUGAUAACCGAAAUUUCGGCAAAUUCGCCUUAUCGCUCCUACACCUCCUCCAACACCCCUCCUCGACCUCCCCCGUCGCCUCUCUUCAACCAUGACCUUCCAGCAGGCUCCUCACAAGCUCCUUGUCAUCCCGGGUCCGAUCGAGUUCGACUCUAGCAUUCUCCUCGCCAAUGCCACUCCCGGUACCUCGCACGUGUCGCCUGCCUUCAUCCCCGUCUUUGGUGACUGCCUGCGCCUCCUGAAGAAGGUUCUCUACGGCGAGAAGCCCGGAAACCAGAGCUUCCUGAUCGCUGGCUCGGGUACCCUCGGGUGGGACGCUACUGCUGCCAACCUCGUUGAGCCCGGAGAGGAUGUCCUUGUCCUUAACCACGGUUACUUUGGCGACUCGUUCGCGGACUGCCUUGAGACCUAUGGCGCCAAGGUGACCCAGCUCAAGGCGCCUAUUGGUGGCGUUGUCUCGGAGGCCGACCUUGUCGCAGCCCUCAAGUCCAAGAAGUUCAAGCUUGUCACUAUCACCCACGUUGACACCUCAACUGGCGUCCUCUCGCCCGCUGGCCGUUACGCCGAGCUCAUCAAGCAGAACUCUCCUGACACCCUCAUUGCCCUCGAUGCCGUAUGCUCGGUUGCCUCCGAGGAGAUCCGCUUCGACGACUGGGGAAUUGACGUCGUUAUCUCGGCCACCCAGAAGGGUCUCGGUGUCCCUCCCGGUCUUUCGGUCGUUCUUGCCAGCGAGCGCGCCAUCAAGACCCUCGAGGCCCGCAAGGCUCCUGUCGGCAGCUACUACAUCUCGUGGAAGCGCUGGCUCCCGAUCAUGCGUGCCUACGAGGAGGGCCGCCCUGCUUACUUCGCCACUCCCCCCGUUCAGCUUGUCUACGCGCUCCAGGCUGGUCUCAAGGCCAUUGUUGAGGGCCCUCAGUCGCUUGAGGACCGCUUUGCCGCCCACAAGGCUGCCUCGAACAAGAUCAAGGACGGCCUCGCCCAGCUCGGUGUCGGCUUCGUCCCUCUCGGCCGUGAGAUUUCGGCCAACGGCAUGACUGCCGCCAAGUACCCCGAGGGCGUCACUGCCGCCGACGUCCUUCCCAAGCUUGCCGAGCUCGACAUUGUCGUGGCUGGUGGCCUCCACAAGGACAUUGCCACGACCUACUUCCGUAUCGGCCACAUGGGCGUCACUGCCGUCAAGACUGAGCGUGGCGACCUCGACAAGGUCCUCGCUGGCGUCAAGACUGUCCUCGACGCUGCCCGCGCGAAGAAGUAAGAAGGAUAGAUGGUUGUUAACAACGUGGUAUACUCAUACCGCGAAAAAGAAUGCAGUUCGAAUUGUAUGAGUCUGCCCAUGCAUCUAAGAGCCCCACUGCUAGGCUGUGAACACGAGUGCCGUCAUUUGCGGAAGUGUGAGGCGCGUCAUGGCGGGAAUGGACAGUGUGGAGUGGGCGGUCAGAAGGUUUGGGCCGAGGGGUCAGCGGGGUGUCAGGUGUCUGUCGUCGGUGUCUUUCUGGGCGG